GCAACUGCGCAGCACCGCAGAUCCUGAAAGCGGCGCCAUCCGCAGUGAACAGAUCAGUAUUGAACAACAUGAUGAUAAGAUCUGUGUCGUAUUUGUUGCAUCUACAACAAGCGCAGUAUUUGUGAAGGCAAACAAUACAUUCAUAUCUACACUGCAAAAAGGCCGGAUGCCUGUUUUGUUUUUGGAUUUUGGAAACUAUAAGCGCCUUUUUUUUUGGUAACAUCCAGAUGUUUUGUUUUUUUCCGAUGAAGGGAUGCUGCACUCAAAUGGACAAGUGAUGUGAAGAAGUUGUCGAGCAACGAGGGCUUUGAUGACCACCAAUUCGCCAAUUACUGCUUGGCGCUUUAAGGAAACACUGAUAGCCAAUGGUUGCAUCAUUUUGCCUUUCAGGUGCUUUGACGCGCAGACGCUGCACGCCGUGAAGAACAGAAAGUAUAACGGGGUUUGAUUACAGAGAGAGAGAGAGAGAGAGAUAGUGAGGAUGGUGGCGGAGAUGGCGAGCUGCGGAGCGGCUUGUCACCUGGAGGACGGAGACGGAGAUAUCCCUGUGCCUGAAAACAAAGAUAAUCUGACAGAAAGUGACAACAGUAGUUCAGAGAACACAGGUACAUCCACUGAGGAAAGCUCAGAGGAAGAGGAAGAGGACUCGGAAGCCUGUGCUGAGAAGGAUGAAGGAGAAGAAGACAAUGAAGAAGCCGAUGCUGAGGAGUCAAAAAAUGAGUUGAUCCCUGGAACUGAAGCAGAGGUUCCAAAUGGGAAAGAUGAGAGGCCCUUCAAAUUAUGCUGUGAAAAAUGCAAAGCCAUACAGCAGAGCCAUGGCAAUGAGCUUGUUACUCCUAGGAGGAUCUCUAAGGGACGAUUACAGGUGCAGCUGGAAGCAGAGGGCACUUAUGAGUGUACAGUCACUGGCCUGGUGUUUGAAGCAUCAGAGCGGGUCCUUGUGCGGUACUCCGUCUUGUCUUGGUCCAAGUUUGGCUCGUUCCUCCGGGACUCCUGGAAGUUCGCUGGGCCAAUAUUUAACGUGGACACAGUCAACAAGGAUGCGUCCGUCCUUAAGUCCAUUCAGUUCCCUCACUCUGUCUGCCUGGCUGACCCAGAUAACGAGAUGACAUUCAGUGUCCUGCACAUAAAGGACAACCGUCCACUCAUUGAGCCGACAGUGGACCACUCAGGCAGCCAUGUAAAGUGGCGUGUGUCGUCCCUCUCACCCGUGGGUCCCAUCAUCCAGAAGAGCCAGCCUGUAGAGCACCACGGGGUGGUCCUGGUCUACAAGCAGCUGGGCAAUGACAACAACAACAACAACUACAGCUUCCACAUCUACCUGGCCACCAACAGCUCAUCUGACAUCAAGGACAUAGCCAAGCAGGUGCGGUGCUACAAGAACCGUUACAUUCGGAUAGAGAAGCCUCCCACUUGUAAACUGGAUGAGGGGACGUAUCGUCUCAUGAGCGAGCCAGAGGGGGAGAUCAAACCUGAGGAUUUGAAAUUCACCCUUGCAGUGACUAAGAUGAAAGGCUACUUUGAAGCUUUCUUUGAGCAGCCUCCUCCUUUUAAAUUGUCUCUCAUAGAGAUUAACACUGAGGAGACUGUAUGGUCCGCCAUCAUCAGAGAAGGUGACUGUUUGGAUACCACAGAAAAAAGGCCAAGAAAAAGAACAAACAGCAGACAGAGGAGCAGCAGCCCUUCAGAAGAAGAACCGGACUGUAAAAGAAGUCGACAGCAGGACAUGCCAGAUGGAGUGAAUAUGGCAACGACUCAGGGCCAGGACAUGUCAGACAAACAGUUACUGCAGGUGGCCAAACAGCUGGGCAAGGAAUGGAAGCAGGUGGCCAUCUAUCUUGACUUGAGCACCAAAGAGCUGGAAGACAUCCAGGCAUCAGAGAAAGACGUGGCCAUACAAAAGAUGAAGAUGCUAGUGAAGUGGAAGAGCAGGAGGGGGCCGGGAGAGGCCACAGUGUCCCACCUGUGGAGCAUUUUGAAGGACCUGGAUGACUUGCCAAUUGAGGUCCAACAGACACUGCGAGGAAUGAUGCACAAUCGAGCAGCUAAGUGAAAGGGAUCUGACUCAGACUGACUGUUGGAAGAAAAAAACAUCUCAGGAAUACAGAGAGCCAGAGUUGAUCUCUGGACCAAACAUCAGUUCUUCCCUCAGUUUGUGUUUCUCUUUUGAGAAGUUUUCCGAAUGUUAAAAUGAUGGAUGGGUUAUUGUAUUGCUGCAUUUCACAAAAAGGGCCACUAUCUUAACUUUGGACGGGCAUUUUCCCCUUAUUUUGUUCACGUGUGGUCCUGUGGUUUUGUAACGAAUACAGAAUUGUCAAGCUGUAGCUAAAGGUACCUUUAUGUAGCCAGAAAUGUAAUGCUUAGCAUUAUCAGGUUAAAGAAUGACCAGUCGAGGUAGAGGUCAUUGAAAUAUUCAGUAGCUAAUUAUAUAGCCAGUACUAGAUGUAAAUGUAGGUGCUGCAGUGUUGAAACUGCAAAAAUGGGAAAAAUCCAACCCGUGUAUCUUGUUUCACUUUAAAAUGUUAUGUUUGUGGGACUUUUUAUAAAACAAUUAGGCAUUGCAUCACAUGCAUGUGACUGUCCAAAGCAUAACAUGGUGAAUUACUGAACUACAUUUUUAUAUUUGUACUCACUAUGUACUGUAUAUAUCUUUUUUUUACCUGUUUUUCAAACCCGUGAUUUCAUUUUUUUUAUGUCAUUUUUGUUUGUUCAUGCCUGUUCAUAUUUUAUUUGUCAAAUCUGAACCUGUAAAAUAGAAAAGAGUUGCCAGAUGUCCAUAAUUAUGUUUAACUUGAACUAUGAGUCCAUUCCUACUUUAGACGGGAACACACAUUUUUUGUUUAAGUAUAAAUCUUGUUUGUGUGUAUUACAAAAGUGUACACUGUGGAAAAAAACAAAACAAAUCACAAGCAUUUUGGUGCAAGGCUGAAUUUAAGUGUUCCACAUGUGUGAGUGCAGCUACAGCCUGACAACACUGAUUUAUUUUUACGAAAUGUGAGCAUAUAUUUAACAAAAUGUGCUAUAAACCGCCUGUGGAAAUAUUUCACAACAUACUUGGCAUUUAAAUGGUAUAGUUAGAUCUUUUUCUCUGUUUUUUCUCUUCCAAAUGACACUCAAACAAAUGAUCUCAACAACACUAUUUUGGAAAAGCUUCAGAAACGGCACAAGUAAUGUUUUUAGGAGCGUUUUUAGGGUCUUCCAUGUCGAUAUUAUGCAGUAAUGUUUACAUUCAGAGAGCAAGGCUGCUUCCUUAAAUGCUUUACCACUGAGAGUACAGCCCAUCCUUUUUGCACUUGUUUAUAAUCAGGUUUGAGUCCCUCCAAAGACUUUUGUAAUAAUGGUAAAGAAACAAAUGUUGACUGAAUAAAAACAAAAUAUGAUCCCCUG